CGCUUUAUUAGUUAGAUAUAUAAUAGCUAGGUGAAACAGGAAACGCCCACCUACGACACGCCCCCUUUUGCUUUGUUCUGAUUGGUGAAUAAGUUACUACGUACGCCCAAAAGAAUUUGCCGGUUUUAUGUUUGAAUUAUUGAAGCCGAAAGCCAUAAGGUAUUCUCCAUUAGUGUGCGUGUAAGUUACAGGUGUUAGUGUAUUAGUUAUCUCAUGUUUACCAGUUAUUGUUUGUCGAAGCACCGUAGAAGUUUGUGGGCCAUAGUUUUAGUUAAUAAUUUCCAAUUUCCGACCGCUAACCAAUAAAUCUUUUUCUUAGUUAGUUAUGCAGUAACAGAAAAUUCAAAAUUGUUGUAGUACUUUAAUACUUGAUUUAUUUUUGCUAAUACGCGCAAAAUCACGGACGUUUUAUUUAUAUCAGGCACACCUGCUAUUGAUGCUAAUAGACCGUACAAUGAGACACCUUUAGAGCUACAUGUACUAUUCAAUUAUCAACUAAACAAGUAAGAAGAAUGAGCCUUACUCAGAAACCCGAGAAAAAUCAGUACAGUGAAUAUGAAACUGUAGCCAGCGAUGAACAAACAACAAAAACUCGAACUUCGUCAACGUCAACUGACAGCGUUUCGCUUUCAGAUUUGGACGAAAUCAUGACAAGCCCUGAUCGAAUUGCCGCCGAGAAAAGGAAAAUCAUGAAGAAUCUUCUCCUAAUCUGUUUUGCUUUCCUCUGCAACUUCACUGCGUUUGGAGGAGCUUCUAAUCUUCAAUCCUCACUUAACCCGGAUGGUGGGUUAGGGACAGGAUCCCUGUCAAUCAUCUACGGUUCACUCAUCAUAUCCGCCAUGUUUGCUCCAACUUUCGUGAUCAAACACCUUGGGUGCAAAUGGACAAUAUGUUUCGCCAUCGUCGGUUACAUGACUUAUUCACUCGCUAACUUCUACCCACACUGGGGAACACUGGUGCCAAGCUCGAUCAUCGUGGGUCUCAGUGGCGCCCCCCUCUGGUCGGCUAAGUGCGCUUAUUUAACCACUUCAGCAAAAAGAUACGCCAGAUUAACGAAUGAAUCCACGGACAGUGUGGUCAAUCGAUUCUUUGGUAUUUUCUUUCUGUUCUUUCAGUUCAACAACAUUAUUGGCAACCUUAUAUCGUCGUUUAUUUUGUCAAGCGAGGACGGCGCUUCGUUGGCUUUCCCUACCUGCUACAACGCGUCGUUUAUCGAAAACUAUUGCGGCCACAACGAUUGCCAGAAUGACAUAGAUGCAGCAAAGAACAUGUACAACAGUUCUGAAUGCCCUGUACUCGGUGUAAGCUCAAGUGAUGUAUCCACUGAUACAUUGUACUUGCUGAUGGGAAUAUAUGCCGCUGUUGCGCUGUUUGGUGCGCUGGUGGUCGGAUUCUUGGUGGACCCAAUUAAAAUAAGAGAAAAGGAGGACCGCGGUGUAUUUGAUUUGUUGAUAGCCACGUUCAAGCACAUGCAAGACAGAAGACAAUUCCUGCUUAUUCCAAUUACAAUGUAUAGUGGCUUCGAACAAGCGUUUAUUACUGGUGAUUAUACAAGGUCCUUUAUAACUUGCCCUCUUGCUGUUAACUGGGUUGGCUUCGUAUUAAUAUGUUAUGGGGCGUGCGACUCUCUUUGUUCGUUCUGUGUUGGCUAUAUUGAGAAAUACACAGGGCGUCCAUCUUUGUUUGGAAUGGCUGCUGUCAUACAUCUUGCACUCAUUAUCACAUUCCUGAUUUGGAUUCCUUACCCCACUAGCCAAGCUCUUUUCUUUGUCCUCCCAGCUUUCUGGGGAGUGGGUGAUGCCGUGUGGCAGACACAACUUAAUGCAUUUUACGGAGUUUUGUUCGUUGGCAACCAAGAGGCGAGCUUUGCGAACUAUCGUUUGUGGGAAUCUCUUGGCUUCGUGAUCGCUUUUGCUUACCAGACCUUUAUAUGUGUUGAAUACAAAUUAUAUGUUCUGCUUUCGGUGCUAGUGGUUGGAAUGUCUCUGUAUUCUUAUGUUGAGUUCACAGAGCGUAGGAAUCGUUCUAGAACUUCGAAAGAUGUUGAGAAACACACUGAAGAAAAUGAAGCGUAUCUACAAUCACAGAGUAGUUUCGCCGGAAAAAAUUCACUUGUUACUCAAAUGUAGCUCGUUCAAUAUUUUGAUCCCAUAGCUGAAGCUUCAGUUAUAAAUAUUAUCAUCAUGCUGCACUUACACUGACAAGGCAAUUGCGAAAAUCGUUCCAUGAAUUGCACUUUAACAGAGAGAGGUUCGCUCUAAGUGAUAAAGCGUGUAAUAUGUGGCUCUGCUUCAAUAUAAUUUGCAAUCUUAGAAUAAUUAAAUUUUAAUUUUCUGCGAUUUACAAAAAGUCGCAAGUUGUGAACAAAAGUUUUUAUAUGUUUUCUACAUUAAACAUUACUCGUUGCUUAUUUUCCAAGCUGGUGUGCUUCUUAGUCAUAAAGUAGUGGAUAUAUAUGUCAUCCCAUGCGCUUAUUCUGUUAUACCAAUUUAUAAGCGGUAACUGUUCAAUUUUUAUCUGGUAUGCUGUUAAUUUUUUAUCACAUUUACUCGUAUUUAUUUAGUCUGUUAUACACGGCACAAAUUCUGUUUGAUUUUCAUUGUGAUAAUAAUGUUUUGCCACAAUGAACAGUACAUACGAUUUACAUGUUAUGCACUAAUUUUAUUUUUGUGAUAAUUCAUUAAUUUACCUCCAACCAUUUAAACGUGGUGCGCAAUUAAAGCGAAGUUUUUGUGCCAAUUCCUCUGUGAUGGAUAUCCGCAUGUGCAGUAUUUUUCAUACGUAUUAAUUCCUCUAUGUUACUGUAUAGGAUCUUCUGCUAUGCAUAGAUGUAUAAUGCUUUGCUUUAGUAGUAGGUACCCAUUUAGAUUGUAUCAGCCAUUUACAAUUUCAUGACCAUUAAAACAAAACUUUCAUAAUA